UUAGCUCCCAAGCAGGUAGCUCGAGCACUCUUUCCUCUGCCUAGUGGAAACAGCCGCACGAGGCCAAGCCCUGUCGUUGUAGGUGUUGUUGAGCGCCGCAAAGAUGUCGCAGAGAGCGGGCAGGCACCAGAGGCGGGCGUCGCAGAGCGUGUUCGUGCUCCCGGAGAACUUCGCGCUGGAGGACGUGCCGGCGGCGGUGGCGGAGGGCGGCGCCGAGCAGCGGAAGCCCGCGGCGGCGGACGCCUCGGAGCUGCAGGCGGCCAGGCAGGCGGGGCGCCACCGGCGGGCCAUGUCCAUGGCCGUGGCCUCCAGGGACCUCGAGAUGAUCUCGGAGGACAUCGGGAGCUACAAGUACGGCGCGUAGAGACAGACCGCAUCCGGUGGCGUGUGGUUUGUAGCAGCUGGUACGUUCCUCCGGUUGUUCUCUCCUUCUUGGGGUCGUUUAGGUGCAGAAGGAAGUGGCGGUGUUCUGUCCUGUGCUGUGCUGUCGUUGAGUCUCGCGAUGUAUCGAUGCGUCUUCUCUAUAUCAAUGCAAUCUGUACUUGCCUUCUUUGUUCUUGAUCUAGAAGUAAAUAAAAAAAAAUCUUCAGCUUCA